GCCUCGCUCAGGGUUAGGGUUUCCUCUGCUCCCCAUCUCAUUCUUGUUUUUUCAUGUUGGAUUUGUUAGAGAAGGCUUGAUCUAUGCCUGUUGGGGCCCGAUUCGGCGUCCCGGGAUCGAUUGGUGCGGUUUUAUUGACGGGGUGGGGGCAAGAGGUUGCGGUGGUGUUGAUUCGUUGGAUACGGGGAUUUCGGGGACUCGCAUGUUCGUGGGUUGAUUUGGCCUUCGCACUUCGGUUGGUGGUUUCUCUCGGUUCUUCUGUGUGGGGAAAAGAAAACGCGUUUCUUCUCUUUCUUAUUUUUAAAGUUUUAAAAACUGUACAAUGGUUGUUUAUCACUUUGUCUUGUUUAAAAUCAUUAGAUUUGUCGUUCCAUUUUGCCUGAUUUCUCAAAAAGUUUAUAGCACUGUUAGUAGCUAGUGAUUUAAAUGCUCUAUCAUGGUGGAAAUCGUGUGCAUCUGGUUGAGAACGGUGGAUUCGUUAAAUUAACAUCCCUGAUUUGCCUGAUUUCUCAAAAAGUGUAUAGCAGAUUUGAUGCACGUUGUUCUCGAUUUACAUCCCUGAGAAUCUUUUUUCCCUUGUUUUGUAGAGAUUCGGAUUUGAUUAUAUUACCCUGAUUCGUUUAAAAGGAUGGGUUGAGCUGUAUUUGCGCAACAUAUUUUGCGACAGUGACUUCUCUUCCUAAAAAUUAGGGUCUUGUUCCGUCUACCACGAUCCAUUCUUGCUAAGACGGCAUUGAAUGUUUAAUGUGCAGCUUAUAGUCAGUGAUGGAACACAAGGAGGCGGGCUGCCAGCAGCCGGAGGGCCCAAUCCUAUGCAUCAAUAACUGCGGCUUCUUCGGCAGUGCUGCGACGAUGAACAUGUGCUCCAAGUGCCACAAGGAGAUGAUAACGAAGCAGGAGCAGGCCCAGCUGGCUGCCUCCUCCAUCGAUAGCAUUGUCAAUGGCGGUGACGGCGGGAAAGGACCUGUAAUUGCUGCAUCUGUAAAUGUGGCAGUUCCUCAAGUUGAGCAGAAGACUAUUGUUGUGCAGCCCAUGCUUGUAGCUGAAACCAGCGAGGCUGCUGCUGUAAUCCCCAAGGCCAAGGAAGGCCCAGACCGGUGCGCGGCCUGCAGGAAGCGUGUUGGGCUGACGGGAUUUAGCUGCCGAUGCGGGAACAUGUACUGUUCGGUGCACCGCUACUCCGACAAACAUGACUGUCAGUUCGACUAUCGGACUGCAGCAAGGGACGCGAUUGCCAAGGCCAAUCCUGUGGUGAGGGCGGAGAAGCUCGACAAGAUCUGAGGCGGGCAUUGGGGGAGCGAAAUGGUUGCAAUCUGCAAGAAUUCAACAUGCUGUCUUUGCUGCGUUAUCAUUGAAACUUGCCAUUCUUGUCUGCUGCUGCGUCCCGUGAGGUUCAAUACUGUGAUGCACACAGCAUCCAGGCAGCCGCAAGAAUUUCAUCAAAAUGGUUUCCCGUGUUGGCUAUGUCGUGUAAGCUUAAUUCAGUUAUUCAUGGUGGUUUCGGUCGGUAUUGUGGUAUUCCCAUUUAGGUAGCUCUGUAAUGUAUUGCUGUCUCAAGCGUGUUACAUUCCAAUUAGUAAUAGUAAUCAGCAAUUGUCUGCCCCAUAUAUUUUUUAAAAAGUAUGUUCUUGUGAUGUCCCAGCAACAUAUCACAUUCAGUUAAACGCUUUGCAUACGAUUCAUUAUUUCAUUCAGAGGGCCAGAUGCUAGAGGCUGAGAGGUUGUCAUAGUGUUUUCAGGCCACUGCUCUACUAUACCCUUAUGUUAUGUUCAAGUAAUUGUUCAUAUGUGAAGUUAUUGACCAAUCAACUGAUCUUGCUCCUCGUAGGAGGAAGCAACCUCUGCUGCUCGUGUAGAGUCAAGGGUGCAAUAAAGUGGAAUUCUUGUUGAUGAACACUUCAUUUCAUUUUUUUGUUGAUGAACACUUGAUUUCAAAAAUCUUCUUUUAUUUCAGAGCUGUGAUUUUGUAUCAGGACACAGCUUGGUGUUUGAGUAUGCUGAAUCUGGAUUAGCUACAACCUACACAAGCACAAUUUCCUGGUGAAUGUUGACACUAGGUGACCUGAAUUCUCAAGCAAGGCGUUUCAUAUUCUGCAAUCUCUUUCCAGCGUGCGUACAACGGGAACAUGCAGCUCGCCUUUCCGCAUGUGAUUGCAACACGCCUAACUUGUUUUUGUAUGAUUGUCACCUGCAAAGAAUUGGAACAAGUCUAAGCAACUUGUUUUUUGUAUGAUCGCCACUUGCAAAGAAGAUAAUGAUUUGUACGAAAUAGUAUUCUUCUGCUGGGCAUG